GUUCUUCACGUUAGACAUCUUUGAUCGUUGGCUGUUCACGACGCUAAGUUUUCUUGCAGUUUUUAAUUGAUAAUGUAUUAGCUUCGUGAGGUACUGUGAUCAUCCUAUUUUGCUAGCACGUACCUUUCGAAUGAUAUUCGCACGAAUAAAGUAAUAUACUGAAUAAUUGGCAGCGACUUGUGAAUUUAGUGGCCAAAGUUUUUUAGUGGAUCGCAUGCAGAAAGAUGGAAUCACGAUUACCUAAGCCAAAGGUAGUGCCAAGAAAGGGGCUUAACACUGUGAAUGUAAAUACUGAAGAGAGUGUAAAUGGUCAUUCUCAAAGGAACAAAAAUUUAGUAAAAGCACUAUCAAAUGAAGAUAUUAAAAAUGGCACAGAGAGUUCAAAAAAGUACAAAAGCACGCAUAAUAUCCCAGCACAAAUAACAGGAGAAAUGAUAGUGCCACAGAAACCUGGCUUAGUUAGAGCAAAAACACAUGGAAUAAUCACAAGAAGUACGAGUACCACAAGAUCUGCCAUCAAGAGACCUGCAACUGCAAAUGAACCAAGUGAAAAUAAGAAACCUAACAUAAAACCUGCGCCAAAACCAAUCGCAACUUCAAAAGUAUUUAGAAGUACUGCUGCUACGACUACAAACAAAACUAAUAACUUGGCAGCCACGAAAGCUGCAACCAAGCAAAGACCCAAAUGGGAUUUGAAAGGACGAUUAGAAGAAGCUAGCAACGAAUUGGGUGUCGUUAAAGAAAAGCACAAGUCGAUUGCACAACAGAACUCUGAACUGAAAUCUCAAAUUGAGUCCUUACGAGUACAAGAAGAAAAGGACAGGUUGAAAGCAGAAAAGUAUGAAUUGGAGAGCUCAAGAUUGACCCUAGAAGUGACUGUCUUGCAGAAUAAAAAUACGGACUUACAGAAUGCUAUUAAUGACCUAAGCAAAGAGCAUGUAGUCUUGAAAGAAGAUCUAUCACUUACAAAAGCAAGCCUACAGAGUUAUCAGGAAAAAUCAGAAAUCCAAGCACUCGAGUUACUUAAAGCAACACAAAAACUUGAUGACUUCAAAACCGAGAACCAAUUGCACAAAAAUGCUAUUGCUAAAUUAACUCAAAUAAAUGAUGAGCUUCAAGGCUUAGUUCACUCGAUGGAUAGAGAUCGAAGACAAUUACAUAAUACAAUUCAAGAAAUGAAGGGAAACAUUCGAGUCUUCUGCAGAGUAAGGCCUCGUAUCGACAAGGAAAUUUCGAAAGGAAUGUGCUCUAUGGUAUUUACUGACGAGUGUACCAUUGAGAUUGGUAAAUCUGAAAUCAUGGAAGCUUCAACCUGCGGUGGUCGACCCCGAGGUACUCGGCAGGAAUUUACAUUUGAUAAAGUGUUUCCUCCCAACUCAAGCCAAGCUACUGUAUUUGAAGAGCUCGCGCUGCUAGUACAGUCUGCACUUGAAGGGUAUAACGUUUGUGUUUUUGCGUAUGGUCAGACUGGAUCUGGCAAAACCUACACUAUGGAAGGUUACCCAAGUGAAGAUUGCGAAGGAAUGAUACCAAGAACAGUCAAACACAUCUUUGAGGAAAAGAAACAAUUUGAGGUUCUUGGAUGGGAAUAUGUUAUAGAAGCUAGCUUCUUGGAGAUAUACAAUGAACAUAUCGUAGACUUAUUAGACGACCAUCCUAAAACUCACGAAAUCCGCAUGACAGAUUCGAAAGGCACCGAUAUUUAUGUAACUAAUCUACGAAUUGAACAAGUAAAUAGUCCUGCAGAAUUACAAGACUGCUUGAGACUAGCCCAAAAGAACCGGGCAGUAGCGGCUACACAUUCCAAUGAAAGGUCUUCACGGUCACACUCGGUGGCAAGAAUACGACUGAUUGGAACUCACAAAGUAAGGAACGAGGUUUGUACCGGCACAUUGAACUUGGUUGAUUUGGCUGGUUCUGAACGAUUGCGAAAUGAUGAAAUUGCAAGAACGACUGAAACCAAAAACAUCAACAAGUCCCUAGCUAAUUUGGGAAAUGUAAUUUUAGCAUUGUUAAAAAAACAAGAUCACGUGCCAUAUCGUAACUCUAAAUUAACUCAUUUAUUGAUGCCCUCGCUUGGUGGAAACUCAAAAACGUUGAUGUUAUUGAAUAUUUCACCGUUAGAUGAAUGCUUCAAUGAAACAUUGAACUCUUUAAGAUUUGCUAGCAAUGUCAACAAUUGUAAAACUGGAAGUGUUAGACGUACACGAGCCACAUUUACCAGUUCUGCAUAAGAGUUGAAUGGCAUUUUUAGAACUCCGACUGAUUGUAAAAUAUUCUUAUAUAUAACGAUAAUACUUACUUGUACAUUAUUUUGUAUUAUCACUUAUGCAAACCCAGUAGCUUAACAUGAAUAACUCUAUCAUAAGAUAUUUUACGAUGAAACUGCGACACAUUUAGUUUAAUUGAUAUUUUAUAAAAUAAAAAAGGUCAAAAAUAUAAAAAUGG